CUCCGCCGGCCUGAGCGGUCUGGGGGAGGGGAGAGCGGGGCCGACAGUUUCGGGGUCAAACAGCAAAACACGGGUGAAAGGCUGGCUCCGAGACCAUCCUUGCUUGGAAUUUCGCUCACUCUGCGGAGUUGAGAGUCACGACCUCCAGCACAGGAUGUGGUACCACAGGUUGUCCUACUUAAAAAGCAGGCUUCAGGACUUGCUGAAGGGAGGAGUCAUAUGUCAGGCCCUUCAAUGGCCCAGCAUCAAAAGCUUACUUCCUUUACCUGUCCAUUGGAACCAUACUGCCUCCAACACUGUGAAUUGUGCUUGGCAGCAACAUGAAGACCAUUUUGAACUGCAAUAUGCUAACACUGUGAUGCGCUUUGAUUAUGUCUGGCUUCGAGACCACUGCCGCUCAGCAUCUUGCUACAACUCUAAGACUCACCAGCGCAGCCUGGACACUGCCAGUGUAGACCUGUGUAUCAAGCCAAAGACCAUUCAUCUGGAUGAGACCACACUCUUUUUUACUUGGUCAGAUGGUCAUGUGACUAGAUAUGAUUUGAAGUGGCUGGUGAAAAACAGCUAUGAAGGGCAGAAACAAAAGGUCAUUCAGCCUAGAAUAUUAUGGAAUGCUGAAAUCUACCAGCAAGCCCAAGUUCCAUCUGUAGAUUUCCAGAGCUUCUUAGAAACCAAUGAGGGACUGAAGAAGUUUUUGCAAAACUUUCUGCUGUAUGGAAUUGCAUUUGUAGAAAAUGUCCCUCCCACUCAAGAGCACACACAGAAGUUGGCAGAAAGGAUCAGCUUGAUCAGAGAAACCAUCUAUGGAAGGAUGUGGUAUUUCACUUCAGACUUCUCCAGAGGUGACACUGCAUACACCAAGCUAGCUCUGGAUCGACACACUGACACUACCUAUUUUCAAGAGCCUUGUGGCAUUCAAGUGUUUCACUGUCUUAAACAUGAAGGAACAGGUGGCAGGACACUGCUAGUAGAUGGAUUCUAUGCAGCAGAACAGGUACUUCAAAAAGCUCCUGAGGAAUUUGAACUCCUCAGCAAAGUGCCAUUGAAGCAUGAAUAUAUUGAAGAUACUGGACAAUGUCGCAACCACAUGAUAGGGAUUGGACCAGUCUUAAAUAUAUACCCAUGGAACAAAGAGCUGUAUCUGAUCAGGUACAACAACUACGACCGGGCUGUCAUCAAUACCAUACCUUAUGAUGUCGUCCAUCGUUGGUAUAGAGCACACCGAACUCUAACAGCAGAGUUGAGGAGACCUGAGAAUGAGUUUUGGGUCAAACUAAAGCCUGGCAGGGUCCUAUUUAUAGACAACUGGCGUGUCCUACAUGGCAGGGAGUGCUUCACUGGCUACCGCCAACUCUGUGGCUGCUAUUUAACAAGAGAUGAUGUAUUAAACACGGCUCGUCUCUUGGGGCUUCAGGCUUAAAAUUGACAACAUCAGAAUUAUGAAUACACCUGGCACCUUGGCUACCAGAAUCUCACAUCAGCAGAAUGAUACUGUGUCAAAACCUACUUCAGAUUGUCUCCUUACCCAUCCCACAAAACAGAAGCAGUCCUUUUCUCUAGUGGAGGAAACCUGUUGGAGAAGGGGCCUCUGUCUGAUGUCAGCCAUCUCUAGUAGGGUAGCUCUCUUCCCUCACGUUAUAAUAUGAGCCCGCUUGUUUUUUUAAAAAACCUUUUGCUAUAAUUUUGGUCAAUUUACUUCAGGAAUAUAGUCUCUAGAUUGAUAGGAAA